GACGCCAUGUGUGUAUUUUUCUCUCUCUCUCUCCAUCGCUUCUCUCUCUCUAUCUCUCCUCGCCGUGGAACUCUCUCUCCACCGCUCUCUCUCACUCCUCGCCGUGGAACCUUCUCCUCCGCUAUGGACGCCAGUCUCCGGCGUCAUUCCUCAUCUCCGCCGGCGUUACCGGAUCUCGCCGCCGUGAUCCGCCGUCGCUGCGAGCAUGAAUCGAGUUCGUCGGAAUCGGAGAUGUUAUCGCACUCGUUUUACGCCGGUGAGAGUUCGGAAGUUAGGUUACAUCCGAUCGGAAACUCGGCGAAGACAUCAUGGACAAAUGAGAAGCAUGAUCAGUAUCUUGAUCAUUUGGAAUCAUCAUUUGUUAAGCAGUUGCACCGGUCUAUAUUGAAAAACCAUCCUAAGAGUGCAGGUAAACAAUGUUUUGUGAGAGCAGCCAAAAUGCAGGAUAACAGCUCCGCGAUGAAUUUGUACGCACGCGACAAGAAUAGCUUUUCCAAUGAGGCUGGAUUAUGUACAGAGCAGACUUUUGAAAGCCAUGGCUACUUUGAAGAAUUCUCGGACCAAAACUUUCCAGAUGAAGCUAGCGAGCAGAUGUGUGUAACAGCAAUGCCAAAGCGGUCAAAGACUAUUGUAUCAUAAGUUUGAAGCAAUUUUAAAUUCAGAUAGCGCCUGCAGGAAGUUCAGCUGUGAAUACAAAUGCAACAAAAUAUGGACCCCAAAUCGACAUCACCAAUAGUUUCCUAAAGUGAAUUCUUAGAUCUCUUUAAAACUUAACUUCAAAGUACAUGAUUCUAUUACGGCAACUAAAUAUGGACCCGACCCAUUGACCCGGCCUUACUGAUUCACUCUAUAAUCUACAAGUGUGAGAUUGGAAUUCUGGUAGUUAAGCUUUGAUGAUCAGAAUGCAUAUGAAGUGAGCAGGGGAUAGUCUAGAGUCUAGACCAACAGUCUGCUGUAUGUAAUGAUGGUUUUGUAGAAAAAAAAGGUAUAUAAUUAUGUUGAUAAUGGAAUAUUCUGUUUCGCUGUUGGGUGAGUUUUAUGUCUCAAUCAUCGUAUUUGGUU